AGUUGUUACUUUACAGCAUUCAAAUGCGGUUUAGCCAUUACACUUUGCCUUCCUUUGCAGCCUUUUGCUCUCUUUAAAUAAACACCAAAACCAUUGCUUUAGCAGCUUUUCUUGUUCACUUAGUGGCGUCCAACAAUACAAGAUUAUGAGGAGACCUUAGUUUAUGUUUUCUAGAAGAUUUUUUUUCUUCAUACUGACUGUAAGCAAUUGUGCUAGUGUCAAUAUUGAAAUCGAACUUAGGUGUGUCCAUUAUUGGACUCAAAUUAAAAAUCUAAAUAGAACUAAACAACCAGUCUGAAGAUAUUAGUUGUUAACGGUAUAUAUAUAUUGUGUUUGAUUCAGUUUCGUUUCAACUGAAUGGCCAUCCUUUGGGCUUAUGAUGCUAAUGAAAGCUUUGUGAACUUAUUCAGAAAGUAUAAAGCUCACUGAAGCAGCAAAAGCCUUCAAGAUUCGUAAUUGUUGGGCAUUCUUUUCUUGACCUUCAUCUACACAAAUCUUUGAGAGCUCGACCUUCCAUUAUUCCUUCCUUGAUUGUUAAGCCACUGCAAAGCCGACAAGAAGACACAUCGCGAGCAAUUGUUUUGCAAAAUCCUCCUCGAGAAGGCUUCAAUGCUUCUCAUCCUUAACCUUCACUGAAAUCCAAGAUUGAAGCAGUCGCAGAGUUGAAGAAAGUGUUUUAUUUUUUGGAGGAAAAUGAAUGGACUUGGUGAUCAAAAACCCAAGAUUUGGAUUGAGAAUUCUGCAACUGGAUCAGGAACAAGUGACAAGAAUGCUGCUCCAUUCAGGAACUAUGGAUCAUCCAUGAAUUCUCUGUCCUUUGGAUUUCUUGCCACUGCAAUCUUGAUUUCGAUGUUCCUCAUCAUGGCAAUCUUUGAGCACCUGUUCAGAUCAAGGGCCUCCCACACGUCAUCUCCCCUCGACGAUGCCAUCAGAGUGCGACAAGAGGCGGAUCAGACUCAGGCAAAGAAGAACAAGAAUUCACACAGUGAAACAAGUAGCAUUGCAGUAGAUUUCUCAGUGCUGAUGCCAGGGCAGCUAUAUCCAACAUACCUUGCUCAACCAGCUCCUCUGCCAUGCCCAAGGGAAGGAGUCGUCCCUUGGCCUUCUCAUCAUCAGCCUUCCUUUGAUUUUCCUUAGCUUUCUCUUCAUCACGUGUCUGUAUGUAUCAGAAGAGCACUGCAUCAACAAUGUACUGGUUCCUUCUACAUCAACAAAGCUACAGCUUUUGAUUCA